CUAAAAUUCACAAUGUCAAAACCAAGGAGCAAGUUCCUCUUCAACGGUCGCCCGGCCUUGAGCCUCAGCACAUCCAGAGCUCAGCAGCAUCACGGCCUGUCGAGCUGACUCUUCUCAUCAUGGGGAACUUUGUAGCUAACGAGGGACUCUCCAUCUUUGUCAUUCUGGUAUGGCUGGGGAUCAACGCGUACCUCUUCGUCACAUUCUACAUGGCCUUCCUGGUCAAGAGGUGGGAUUACACCAGAGACCUGCUCGGGCAAGCCCUCCCCUGGGCCAGAGCCCCCGCCGCCUGCCUCAACUUCAACUGCAUGCUCAUCCUGCUUCCAGUCUGCAGAAACCUCCUGUCCUUCCUCCGUGGCACCAUCCAGUGCUGCAGCCGCACGGCAGCGCGACAACUCGAUAGAAACCUGACGUUCCACAAGCUGGUGGCUUAUAUGAUCGCCUUCCACACAGCCGUGCACAUCGUCGCACACUUGUUCAACUUUGAGUUUUUCAUGGACGCCCAGCUGAACCGUAACAGCAGCCUCCUGACCUUCGUCCUGUCUGAGAUCGGCGACAAGGAAGGCGAGGCCUUCCUGAACCCCAUCAGGACCAACGAGACGAACCCCACCAUCGUCAUGUUCACCACCAUCGCCGGGCUGACGGGCGUGGCCAUCACGCUGGCCCUCAUCCUCAUCAUCACCUCCUCCAUGGAGGUCAUCCGCAGGUCCUACUUCGAGGUCUUCUGGUACACACACCACCUCUUCGUCAUCUUCUUCAUCGGCCUGGUGUUCCACGGCUACGGGCGCAUAGUUCGAGGACAGACCCGUGAGAGCCUGGAGACAAACGAUCCGGUCAACUGCACCAGUCGCUUCGAAGAGUGGGGGAAGAACGGAUCGGACUGUGCCGUGCCAGAGUUCGCUGGAAAUCCACCAGGGACAUGGAAGUGGGUUUUAGCCCCUAUGAUCCUCUACGUGUGUGAGAGGUUCGUUCGCCUCUAUCGAGCCCAUCAAAAAGUGGUCAUCACCAAGGUGGUGAUGCAUCCCUCCAAGACGCUGGAGCUGCAGAUGAAGAGGAAAGGUUUCCGCAUGGAGGUGGGACAGUACGUCUUCAUCCAGUGUCCCUCCGUCUCCCGGCUGGAGUGGCACCCCUUCACCCUGACCUCGGCCCCAGAGGAGGACUACUUCAGCGCCCACAUCCGUAUCGUGGGGGACUGGACCCAGGCGCUGUACGAGGCCUGUGGAGGAGACAGGAACGAACCGCAGGAGGCCUGGAAACUGCCCAAGGUGGCCAUAGACGGGCCCUUUGGAACCGCCAGCGAGGACGUGUUCCGCUACGAGGUGGUCAUGUUGGUGGGCGCUGGGAUCGGAGUGACUCCUUUCGCCUCCAUCCUCAAGUCCGUGUGGUACAAACGUAUUCAGAACAACCAGGAGGUCUUUACCAAGAAGAUCUACUUCUACUGGCUGUGUCCCGAGACUCAGGCCUUCGAGUGGUUCGCAGACCUGCUGCAGUCUCUGGAGGGCCAGAUGACGGAGAAGGGCAUGACCGACUUCCUCAGCUACAACAUCUACCUCACCCGCUGGAAGGAGACCGAGGCGGCUCAUUUCCGUGUUCACCACGAGGCCGAGAACGAUCCGAUCACGGGCCUCAAACAGAAGACUCUCUACGGGAAACCCAACUGGGACAACGAGUUCACCAACAUCGCGUCAAAGCACCCGGGAACCAAAGUGGGAGUGUUCCUGUGCGGUCCGCCUCAGCUCGGCAAGUCUCUGGAGAAACAGUGUCUGUCACACACGGAGGCCGACGUCAAGUUCAUCUUCAACAAGGAAAACUUCUGAAAAGAACUUUACACCUUCACUCCUUUAGCUACGACGCUUUCUCUUUCUCUCUCUCUCUCUUUCUCAGGAAGCGAGACUUUCCACAUCAGCCUCUUCUCCUUUUGUGUUACAAGCUGGUUUCAAAAUAUUUGUUCCUUUUUUUUUUGGUUUCUUCUGACUUUUCUUUGAGGUGAAGGUGGGAGGUUAAGAGCUAAAUAUAAGAUAUUAAAGCUUUCUCUGCUACAGUUAGAGCUGAUGAGUAGCUUCCAGCACGUCCUCCAUGUUUUCUGCUUUUGAGCUGCGCUGCUUUUUUUUUUUAGUUCAUGUUCAUGUUGUUUGCGUUUUCAAAUACUGGACGAAGCUUUUAUGGAUUUUAUCUUGUCGGGUUAAGACGCGCCUGAGAAACUCUCGUGUGUGUUUGUGGAAACUUUGAAGGAAGCAGCCAAUGUAUUAGUGGAUAGUUUGCUCAGUUGUCAUGGAGACGGUUCAGAUGUUAGGCUCUGGUCUCCGUGACAACUGAAAAAGAACUGCAUCCCGUGACUCAACGAGACUGUUUUGUUUUUGUCUGUUUACAAAUUCCUGAAUCAGUUACUAACUUUGUCUGGAACAAUAAUAAAAGUAGAAAUAUUUGUAUUAUUUAGUACAUUUUUUAUUCAGACAAUCAGAUCUUUACUUUGUGUAUGUGUAGCACUCACAACCAAGUGAUAAUAAACUUGAACUUUUUGAA